ACAAAAUUGGAGAAUGCUAAAUAAUUGACAAAGAAUAAAACGGGAAGAUUUCGGACCUAUUGUUCAGAAAUGCAUACAAUCUGCAAUCACUUCUGAUAUACUACAAAACGGUUUUAAGGCUUGUGGCAUAUUUCCGUUUAAUGAAGAUGCAGUGGCUUACAAUAAAAUUUUAAAACCUGACAUCAGAGACACAUCCAAUAUAAUCAGAGUACCAAAUAUGAAUAUCGCAGAAAUUUCAGAGAACACAGAAGCAACAAAAACACUCGAAACUAAUUCCGAAGAAUUUUUACAAAGUUUUAAGAAAAGGUUGCCGGCUGAAAAGCUUAAACUGUUUAUUGAGUGCAGCGGAACUUGGAAGGGUGAUGUUAAAGACGAAAACUUAUUUUACUUUUGGAGAAGUGUUAAGAAUGAGCAAACAAGCAGCUGCAUUGCAACUUCCGAUCUUAAUAUUACGACUAUUUUAGCUAACAACGACUGUUUGUUGGAUAUCGAAAACAUGAGUAUUGAUUUCAUAGAUUUCAAUGAAGAAUUAGUUAACAAACAUAAUUUGAGCAGCUCAACUCCAUCUUAUGCCGUGAAGUCCAAGCAGCGUGAAGUAGUACAUAUAUUGGACAGUAUACCUUGCCCAGUAGCUCAAGCCAUUAACUUCGAAGAUAUUCCAACAACUGUCAACCAUCCACCAAGACCUCAGUUGCCCCCUAGGGAGGCGAAUGACAAUGUAGACGUGGUUAAUAUUAAUUCGAGAACUCCACCAAAAAGCACAGUUAAUGCAAUAGAAAUAAAAACAUCUGAAUUUCCAACGCCUUUCAAAAAUGCUCUUUUCUGGCCAGAGCCCCAACCAGUGAACCCGAACAAAAAAUUUGUCAAGAAAAAAUUAACCCCAACUGUCGCCACUGCUUCUGAAUACAUUGAGUAUCAGCGACGCUUGGAUGAAGAACAAAAGAUUAAGAAAGAAAAGAUAAUUUUAAAAAAGAAAGAAAAACAAGGUUCAAAGGUGAAAGUAAAACGGAACAUUAAUAAUAGUUUUAAUCCAGGAGACUAUGUUGUAGUAAGGUAUGAAGGCGAGAAAUUUCCUGGGCAGGUGUUAAAAGUUACUAAUGGGAAUCCAGAAAAAUUUCAAAUCAAAACCAUGACAAUGAGUGGAUCUAACUGGCGUUGGCCAGAAAAAAGAAGAUAUUUUAGAAUACGACGCCGAUGA